CAUAGUACUAAGUUCGCGUUUCACGUGAAAUGGCUGUCAAAAUCCAUACAAAUUGCAUUGCUGUGAAAUAUGCGUGAAAUUUCACAUGCGUCUCAUGGCAAAGUAGUACUCAGUUCACGCCGUGAAAACACCGCGCAACAUGCUAGCAACAUGAUGCCAGCAACAUUUUUUCACCGCUAUUUAAAAUGCUCAUGUCAUUUAAAAUUGAGCGAAAAGUGACAUUUGUUGAAAUUGACAAGCAGUUGAAAAGUUUGAAAUUAACAAAACAUUGGAAAAAUGGAGAACACAACAGCUACCACAAAAAGGGCAAAAAUCCAAUUAAAUGACGAAGAGAGGAAGAAAUUACUGGCGGCUGUUAAAGGAUUCCCAUGUAUUUGGGACAAGCAGCGAAAAGAUCACAGUAACCGAAACGCACUUUCCAGCGCUUGGUACAAAAUCGCGCAAAUUGUCGGUAAACCUGAGGAACCUUGCAAAGCAGCGUGGAAGAGCCUUAGAGACAGCAAGCGGUACUAUGCAAACAAGGCAAAAAAAUCGGGAAGUGCGUGCGAUUUGGAGGAUCUCAACUUUGCGAGUGAAGUGACUGAGUUCGAAUACUCAGAAGACAUGGCGUUUUUAAGCGAAACGUCUUCGCAAAGAGUAACGUUUUCCAGCAUGGAUGGUUUAGGAGCAGGCACCAGCUUCGACGAAAGUUUGGAUCCCCCCGGCUAUAAUUAUACGUCGACACCUAGCACAUCGGCAAAGCGCUCCAAUGCCUCUAAUGCGGCUCUUCAAUCUUCGGCGGAGAAAAUGGAUAGUAUUGUGGAGUUGCGAAAAGCGGAGAUUACUCAGAAAUCCAAAUUUGAACCCCUUUUAAAGCACUUGUAGUCACUUCUGGAACAGUUACCGCAAAGCACGGCGAAUAUGUUAGGGGCGAAAUUUACGCAAAUGGCCUACGAGGAGGUUGAAAAGCACCAAACAAG